GAGAGAGAGAGAGAGAGAGAGAGAGGAUGUUGUGUUAUUCGAACUGCGCCAACGCGUGCUCCAUAUAAUGCGGACAAUCCGUUUCACUUUCUGGCCUAAAUACUGGCACUACUCUCUUUCUCUCCCUCUCUCUCUUCGAUAGGAAAGCCGAUUAAGUUUGUCGCCGGCGAAACUGCCCACAACCGUCCGGGAGAGAGCGUCAUGGAGAAGAGACUUAGCGGCAGUGAUGCGGGAAGCGUCGGGAAUGCGGCCGAACCUUACCAUGGUACCGGGAGGGAGUUCCCGGCUCCGGUGGCCGUACACGAUGGCGACGAGUACGACGACCAGGCGUCGUGGAGGCUCAAUGCUAGAGAGUUUAGUUUGCCCGAGCGUCGUCACCCCGAUCGUCUCUCUUCUCUCGGUUUCCGGUGCAUUCCAAGGAAACAACACAAGGUUGCAGAAUACUACAAAAAGCAAGAAAGGCUUCUUGAAGGCUUCAAUGAGAUGGAGACUAUACAUGAAUUAGGUAGUGUGCCUGGAAAUCCAACAGAGGAUGAAAUGAAGCAGCUUGCCAGGAGUGAGAGAAUGGCCAUAAACAUCUCAAACGCAGCUAAUUUGUUUCUUUUCAUGGCAAAAGUAUAUGCUUCCCUUGAGAGCAGAUCAUUGGCUGUUAUUGCUUCAACCCUGGAUUCUCUAUUAGAUCUCUUAUCAGGAUUUAUUCUGUGGUUCACUUCCCAUGCCAUGAAAAGGCCAAACCAGUUUUACUAUCCAAUUGGAAAGAAGCGGAUGCAACCAGUGGGAAUUAUUGUUUUUGCAUCAGUAAUGGCAACUCUUGGAUUGCAAAUAUUGCUUGAAUCAAUUCGGCAGCUUAUAUCACAUUCUGGACCCAGCAUGAAUGCUGAGCAGGAAAAAUGGAUGAUUGCGAUCAUGGUUUCUGUCACUGUGGUGAAAUUCAUGCUCAUGGUCUAUUGCCGCAGGUUCAAAAAUGAAAUUGUUAGAGCUUAUGCUCAAGACCAUUUAUUUGAUGUCAUCACCAACUCUGUGGGAUUAGUAACAGCUGUCCUUGCGGUGAAAUAUUCCUGGUGGAUCGAUCCUACAGGUGCUAUAAUUAUUGCACUGUAUACAAUGGGCACGUGGGCGAAGACCGUUGUUGAGAAUGUACAGUCGCUGAUUGGAAGAACAGCUCCACCAGAUUUCCUGGCAAAACUGACAUAUCUCAUAUGGAACCACCAUGAAAUGAUCAAGCACAUUGACACGGUCAGGGCAUACACAAUUGGCUGUCAUUACUUCGUGGAGGUCGACAUAGUCCUGCCGGAGGACAUGAUGUUGAUCCAAGCUCAUGACAUUGGCGAAGCUCUGCAAGAGAAGCUCGAGCAACUGCCAGAAGUCGAGCGAGCUUUUGUGCAUAUAGAUUUUGAGUUCUCGCAUAGGCCAGAGCAUAAGAGCAAGGUAUGAUGCCAUUGACAUUGUCAUGAAAGUUCAGUUCCGAUGUCCGGACCUGUUUAACAUGCUGCGCUCUUCAGCUUGGACUUUAAUGAUACCUGUUUAAUCAAUUUUGCUUUUGAUGCUCCUUAUUUUCUGCUAAUAUCCAAGUUUAUUCAUUUGAGCUGUUAUUAAUAAGAUAAACCACACUGGGUGGUUUCUUUUUGGUC